CAGUCUGCUCAGAAAACUUAACCGGAGGGAAAGUAUUAGAAUCGGUUUCAAAGGAGGAAAAAUCCAGGUUUUGUGCAAAGAAUUGCAUUGCAACCAGAGAGGACAUAACUUCUGUCAAUUAAGAGAAACAAUAUUGCACCCCGAAGUGUAGUCAUUGGUGAUAUUUUUACUUGUUCUGUGAAUACUUUGAUUUGUAAAGAAUAUAUUUUUUCCGUUUAUUUUGACUGAAGUGUGCUGAAAGCACUCUCGCAUUUGGAUGCGGACUGGUUUUUAGCUUUAUAAAUUGGAUAAUUUAACGCACGGGCAUUGCCUGUAAAUUGUAUUCACAUUUGGUGUUUAUCAAUUGCAAGACGAAUAUGUUUCUCAGUUUUUGUCUACUGCUGACAUUUGUCUUGGGGCUGACCGGGUCCUUUGGCUCAUAUGUACCAUGCGAGCCGUGCGACCAGAAGGCGCUCUCUAUGUGCCCCCCGGUCCCCGUCGGUUGUCAACUCGUGAAGGAGCCUGGCUGUGGUUGUUGCCUAACCUGUGCCCUAUCAGAAGGUCAGGCGUGCGGUGUUUACACCGGAACAUGCACCCAUGGCUUGCGCUGCUUGCCGCGGAAUGGAGAGGAGAAGCCCCUUCACGCGCUCCUUCAUGGUAGGGGGGUGUGCACGAACGAGAAAGGAUACAAACCCCUCCAUCCACCCAUAGAUCAUGAGUCUCUGGAACACGAGGACACCCUGACGACUGAGAUCUCGGAGGACCAACUGCAGCCCGCCAAAGUGCCGCUCCUCCCCAAGCAGGAUCUCAUCAACAGUAAGAAGAUCCAGGCAAUGCGCAAGGACAAGGAGCGCAAGCGGGCACAGGCCAAACUGCGCUCCAUUGGCCCGAUGGACUACUCCCCACUACCCAUUGACAAGCACGAGCCAGAGUUUGGUCCUUGCAGGAGGAAGCUGGAUGGGAUCAUCCAGGGAAUGAAGGACACAUCCCGUGUCAUGGCCCUGUCCCUGUACCUUCCCAACUGUGACAGGAAGGGCUUCUUCAAACGCAAACAGUGCAAGCCCUCUCGUGGCAGGAAGCGAGGCAUCUGCUGGUGUGUAGACAAGUACGGCUCGCAGGUUCCCGGCACAGACUACAGCGGGGGGGACAUCCAGUGCAAGGACCUAGAGAGCAGCAGCAUCAACGAGUGAAUAGGCGGCUCCGCCCCCACCCCGAUCACCUGACCCAGGGCCUCACCUCCUCCUUUCCCUCCCACCUGUCUGCUUCGCCCUCCAGUCACUUUUUGAGAUUUUCAAGACGAAAAAAAAUAAGACAACUAAACAAAUCAAAUGAAUGAACGAAAGGACAGGCUUGAAAAAAGGACACCUGAAAUCUUUUUUAUUUUUUUGACCGUGCGCUCAUCUCUUAAAAGACGGAACCCAGCAGGUUUUAAGCCCUUGUUUGACCCUUGGGCCACUCCCCCACUAAGAGCUGGGCUCGGGCCCCUCCCCCACUAAGAGCUGGGCUCGGGCCCCUCCCCCACUAAGAGCUGGGCUCGGGCCCCUCCCCCACUAAGAGCUGGGCUCGGGCCCUUCCCCUACUAAGAGCUGGGCUCUGGCCCCUCCCCCGCUAAGAGGUGGGAGCCUCACUAACGAUUCAUGAAAAUAUAUACUUGUAUUGAUAUAUUUUUAUAGAAACACCAAACUUUGUAUCAUUUAAAGCUAACAUAAAAUGGAUGAAAAAAUGAAUAGAAGUCACUUUGAUUAUAAACAGGACUGUUUUGAUCUUUCACAUCUAUUGCUAUUGAGGUGUCAGAUGAGAUAGCUGGACCUUCUAUUGAGGUGUCAGAGGAGAUAGCUGGACCUUCUAUUGAGGUGUCAGAGGAGAUAGCUGGACCUUCUAUUGAGGUGUCAGAUGAGAUAGCUGGACCUUCUAUGGAGGUGUCAGAGGAGAUAGCUGGACCUUCUAUUGAGGUGUCAGAGGAGAUAGCUGGGCCUUCUAUUGAGGUGUCAGAGGAGAUAGCUGGACCUUCUAUUGAGGUGUCAGAGGAGAUAGCUGGACUUUCUAUUGAGGUGUCAGAGAAGAUAGCUGGACCUUCUAUUGAGGUGUCAGAGGAGAUAGCUGGACCUUCUAUUGCGGUGCCAGAGGAGAUAGCUGGACCUUCUAUUGAGAUGUCAGAGGAGGAGGAGGUAGCUGGACCUUCUAUUGAGGUGUCAGAGGAGGAGGAGGUAGCUGGACCUUCUAUUGAGGUGUCAGAGGAGAUAGCUGGGCCUUCUAUUGAGGUGUCAGAGGAGAUAGCUGGACCUUCUAUUGAGGUGUCAGAGGAGAUAGCUGGACCUUCUAUUGGGGUGUCAGAGGAGAUAGCUGGACCUUCUAUUGAGAUGUCAGAGGAGAUAGCUGUUCCUUCUAUUAAGGUGUCAGAGAAGGUAGCUGGACCUUUUAUUGAGGUGUCAGAGAAGAUAGCUGGACCUUCUAUUAAGGUGUCAGAUGACAUAGCUGGACCUGCUAUUGAGGUGUCAGAGAGGAUACCUGGACCUUCUAUUGAGGUACCAGAGGAGAUAGCUGGACCUUCUAUUGGUGUCAGAGGAGAUAGCUGGACCUUCUAUUGGUGUCAGAGGAGAUAGCUGGACCUUCUAUUUAGGUGUCAGAGGAGAUAGCGGGACCUUCUAUCGAGGUGUCAGAGACAAUAGUUGAACCAUCUAUUGGCAGAAGAAAAAAACUUGAGAGGGUCUUUCUGAUACAGUUGACUCUAUCUGGUAUUUGGUUCUGUCAGAGCACUUUUGAAUAAGGGAACCUGCUUGGAUAUGUGUUACUUCACUAAUUUUGUGUGAGAAUGCAUGUAUGUGUGUGCGUGCGUGUGUGUGCGUGUGUGUGCGUGUGUGUGUGUGUGUGUGUGUGUGUGUGUGUGUGUGUGUGUGUGUGCGUGCGUGCGUGUGUGUGUGUGUGUGUGUGUGUGUGAAAGGGAAAGGGAAAGGGAGUGAGCUUAACACAAGAAUGACCUUUUUUUCCUCUCGAUCUCUCUUUUUUUUUUACAACAUUUAUGGCUGGUGCUUGAAGUAGUCUUGAGGAUGGCUUUCUUCCACUAGGCUAUGUAAAACUAGGUCUAUGGGAGAUGGAGAAAGUUCGACACAAUAAUCAGAUCAUUACAGACAAACAAACCUAUGUUAGUGGCUCAUUGACUCUGCAUCUAGCCUGACAUGCCAACUGUGCCUAUUGUUACCAUACACUGCCAUGCAGGGCAACACAGAACUUAUCGGAGAACGAAGCCCCUACUGGUGAAGGGAAAACUGCCACAAAGUGCUCAUACUGUCAUCUGAUGUGAGCUCUGCUUGGCCCAACAACCAGGACAUAAAGAAUAGUGGAAUGAACCUUACAGUCCCGCAAUAACUGACAACAGUAAUUCUUUGUUUUGCUAAAGUAUGGGCAAAAAUUGUAAGUACAAGGAUUAAGCAUGUUGCGGACUUGCAUUCACCAGUGAGGUUAGCUGUUUUUUUUGUCUCAGUUGCUCGAGGGUGUUAGUCUUGUGUGGUUUUGUUUGUACUGUUGUGGAGUAGUAACCUCCCACUUUUGAGCCGUUCCUUAACCAACGGGCCUACUACCAUGGUCACCACGGCUACAGUGGAACCUUGGUGUAUUACUUUAGAUUAUAAAUUAACUCAUGUUUUCUUUUUUUAACUAAAGAAAUACUAUGUACUGUUGCUUGGGAAAAAGACGUGUGUAUUUUAGCCUGUGAACAAUUUGAAUGGUUCCAUGAUGCCUGGCCAUCCUUAUUUGAAUAUGAGACAGUCAAAAAAAUCUCUAUCCCACCUAUUUUCUUCCCCCUCGGCUUGCAUGCCGCCCCCCUCGACAACUUGUUUUCUAUACAACACAACAUUACUUGCAUUCAAAAUGGUGAGCAGUUUUCCUUUUAUUUUUAUUAUUAUUAUUAUUAUUAUUCUACCUUUAUUUCAACAAGGAACACAGACUGAGACCAAGGACUCUGUUUUAGCUGGGCCCUGCGUAUACAUGUUUACACAUACAGUUUAAGUACAAUGAUUAAGAAACUACACAAGACAAACUAAACGAUCACAGAUAACACAAAAUACAGCAGCAGAUUGUUACAUUUAACAGGUUAUUCCCCAAACAGGUUAUUCCCCUAACAGCACAAGAACUUGCAUUACCCAAAACAGUUACAAGCAACACAAAAGGGAAUACCUCUUCUGCUCAAGUGGGCUUCUUUGACCACUACCUGCAGGGUCAGUUGAAAGUGUACUUUUAUGACGUCUGUGUGCAAGUCGCAGUGCCUUCUUACAUGCAUAUCCACAUGUAAAUAGUGACGCGUGACGUGGUAGCUAUCUAAGGGACGGAAACCCUGCUGAGGCUGAGAGGCUCUCAGGGUAGUAGUUCUCUAGCCUGACAUAACGAGGGGUCUAGGUAAAGUACAAAGAAUGUGCGAUGUGGUAUAGCUCUAGUCAUGUGGUAUAGCUCUAGUCAUGUGGUAUAGCUCCAAUCAUGUGAUAUAGCUCUAGUCAUGUGGUAUAGCUCUAGUCAUGUGGUAUAGCUCUAGUCAUGUGGUAUAGCUCUAGUCAUGUGAUAUAGCUCUAGUCAUGUGGUAUAGCUCUAGUCAUGUGGUAUAGCUCUAGUCAUGUGGUAUAGCUCUAGUCAUGUGAUAUAGCUCUAGUCAUGUGGUAUAGCUCUAGUCAUGUGGUAUAGCUCUAGUCAUGUGGUAUAGCUCUAGUCAUGUGGUAUAGCUCUAGUCAUGUGAUAUAGCUCUAGUCAUGUGGUAUAGCUCUAUUCAUGUGAUAUAGCUCUAGUCAUGUGGUAUAGCUCUAGUCAUGUGAUAUAGCUCUAGUCAUGUGGUAUAGCUCUAGUCAUGUGGUAUAGCUCUAGUCAUGUGGUAUAGCUCUAGUCAUGUGAUAUAGCUCUAGUCAUGUGGUAUAGCUCUAGUCAUGUGGUAUAGCUCUAGUCAUGUGAUAUAGCUCUAGUCAUGUGGUAUAGCUCUAGUCAUGUGGUAUAACUAGUCAUGUGAUAUAGCUCUAGUCAUGUGGUAUAGCUCUAGUCAUGUGGUAUAGCUCUAGUCAUGUGAUAUAGCUCUAGUCAUGUGGUAUAGCUCUAGUCAUGUGAUAUAGCUCUAGUCAUGUGAUAUAGCUCUAGUCAUGUGGUAUAGCUCUAGUCAUGUGAUAUAGCUCUAGUCAUGUGGUAUAGCUCUAGUCAUGUGAUAUAGCUCUAGUCAUGUGAUAUAGCUCUAGUCAUGUGAUAUAGCUCUAGUCAUGUGGUAUAGCUCUAGUCAUGUGAUAUAGCUCUAGUCAUGUGGUAUAGCUCUAGUCAUGUGAUAUAGCUCUAGUCAUGUGGUAUAGCUCUAGUCAUGUGGUAUAGCUCUAGUCAUGUGGUAUAGCUCUAGUCAUGUGGUAUAGCUCUAGUCAUGUGAUAUAGCUCUAGUCAUGUGGUAUAGCUCUAGUCAUGUGGUAUAGCUCUAGUCAUGUGGUAUAGCUCUAGUCAUGUGGUAUAGCUCUAGUCAUGUGGUAUAGCUCUAGUCAUGUGAUAUAGCUCUAGUCAUGUGGUAUAGCUCUAGUCAUGUGGUAUAGCUCUAGUCAUGUGAUAUAGCUCUAGUCAUGUGGUAUAGCUCUAGUCAUGUGGUAUAGCUCUAGUCGUGGUAUAGCUCUAGUCAUGUGAUAUAGCUCUCGUCAUGUGGUAUAGCUCUAGUCAUGUGAUAUAGCUCUAGUCAUGUGGUAUAGCUCUAGUCAUGUGGUAUAGCUCUAGUCAUGUGAUAUAGCUCUGGUCAUGUGGUAUAGCUCUAGUCAUGUGAUAUAGCACUAGUCAUGUGGUAUAGCUCUCGUCAUGUGGUAUAGCUCUAGUCAUGUGAUAUAGCUCUAGUCAUGUGGUAUAGCUCUAGUCAUGUGGUAUAGCUCUAGUCAUGUGGUAUAGCUCUAGUCAUGUGAUAUAGCUCUAGUCAUGUGGUAUAGCUCUAGUCAUGUGGUAUAGCUCUAGUCAUGUGGUAUAGCUCUAGUCAUGUGAUAUAGCUCUAGUCAUGUGGUAUAGCUCUAGUCAUGUGGUAUAGCUCUUGCCACAAACACAUUGUGAAUCUGUUGCUAAACCCUUCCUGUGUUUGAGUGUGAUGGCAAGGAAGAUCAGAGUGCCCGUCUCUGUCUCUUAUUUUCAAAAAGCACUAAAAACACUAGAGUAUUGCUUUCAAAGUUGACUGCUAAUGUAUUUGAUUGCCAGAGAAUAGGCAGGUGAUGUUAGAAUUUCGAUUCACAUCAUAGUUGAUCACGCAGACUAGCAAACUACUGCCUCUCCCAGUAGUCGGAGAAGAGAUGGACGAGGCAUUACUAGCCAUCAGAUCCUAUUCCACAGCUUGUGUGGCUGGUCGUAAUUACUCUAGCCAGGCCAUCAACAGACAACAAGUUAGGGAGCUUGUACUCCAGCCUCAAUUAAGUCUGUAGUCCAAUAAUGACGUGAAAUUAUCCGUUUUUUUGUAAUACAAAUGUGUUGAAUAGGAUACUGUUGUUUUUAAUGGCUCAUAAAUGAGAUGCUGUAACAUCAAAAAUGGAUUGGUCAAAAUGUCAGGCCUAUAGCUUUAUAGCCUCAGUUACUUUGAGAGAGAAUUUGUGGGAAAAAUAAGUUACUAUACCCUGCUACCCUUCACAUCCAAAAUGUCUUCUUACAUGGAAGUGAACUCCUCCACCUUUUGGUAAACCCCAGAUAAACUAGCAGCGUAGCACCCUUCCCCACCUCCACCCAGUCCACAUUGAAAGAAAGCAGCUUGCCACUUAUUGAUAACACAGAUAACAUACAGUAAAACUGCCACUUGGGUAGAAAAACAAAACAAGCUAAUCAUGUAGUGUGAUACAGGUUAAGGGUGUCUGCAAGGUCUCCUGGGUCAUGGUUGACGGGGGCUUAUGUGGUCCAUGCCUGGAAAUACUGUCACCAACGUCCAAUAAGAAUGAAGGGAUAGUAACACACCGUACAUUAACAACCACACAACAGUCCCACUUUCAUAUGUCUGCUCUCACACACAGACAGAGACAGACAGAGAGAGAGAGAGAGAGAGAGAGAGAGAACCAUGGACAGUGGCCGCAUUUAGGGGCUAGCCACACCCUCAUCACAGAGGGCUCACCAAUCGCAUGACAGUAGACACAGUUAGGAACAGACACAAGGAGACCAGGGAAAUGUGAGGAAUAGGAACACAGCAAAGAGUUUAAAUGUUGACUCCUUCUCCAGCUUCCAUUUGAGCACCAGACCAUCAGAGACCUAUUGAAGCAGUUGGACAGCCAUAUGGUCUAGUCUAACAGGGCGCUUUCUAAAUCAAGAUUUGUCUCUUGGGUCAAAGAAAAUGUGGAUAAGGGCAUUGAAUCCUUUGGCGUCAAAUUAACCAAUUGACACUAUUCAACCAAGCUAUGAAUUGUUGAAAUUUUCUUUGCGGUAUGGUGGUAGAUUGAGGUGUUGGAGAGGUUGUAUCGAAAGCUUAUCCUCCUUUUAAAAGUGUAAUUUACAUCUGAUUCCAACUCCUAACACUGCCUUAUUCAGAUUCCUCGUCUCACACCUGGUUAUGUACUCAUACUCACAGUUCAUGAUACAAUAGUAGGUAACUACAGCAUUUAUUUUUAUGCAUAAUGUUUUUAUUGAUGAAAUGAGACAAAUUCAAUCAGUUACCUUAAUAACAUGUGGUGUUAACUGGCUUGUGAUUAAAAUAUCCAUUGGUGCCAGAGGACAGUGACGUAAAAUGGUCAGCAUUUGCAACUCCUCGUGAAACAACAACAAUAAUAAAAAAAGACAAAAAAAUCUCAAACUAUUAAAGUGAAUAUCACUGUGUAAUAUUUAUUCAACUUGUAAUUUAUGUACUCUUUUAACCAAUGUCUUUUUUUGUUAUGACAAAGCAUUUUAUUUAAAUAAAGUGAUGUAAUUCAUUUAAA